UAGGGUGUCGAAUCUGUCCUAUAACCUCCGCUAUAUUUAUUACUAUUUAAAGAUCGAAGAUGAAUCUUUUAUGAUAAUUGUGGUUCAAUUCGUGUAAAGGUUUUAUUAAGUGAUGUUGUGUAAUAUCGGUUGCGUUCUUGCGGUCAUUCUGUAGCGUUUGAAAAAUUAAACAUGGCCUCGAACCGAGGACUUCAGAUCGGGUCCGCGUGGUUUCAACGGAAGCUGAACUUGAGGCCGCAGCACCGAGGCGUGCACCUCGUCACCGAGGAGAUCCUCAAGCAGGUGCCCGAGUUGUCGCUAUUCGCCAUCGGACUCUGCCACAUCCAGAUAAUGCACACUUCGGCGAGUCUCGCGUUAAAUGAAAGCUGGGACCCAGACGUACGAGACGACAUGGAGAUGAUGCUCAACAAAAUCGUACCCGAGGGACUGCCGUACCGCCACUCCUGCGAGGGCCCUGACGAUAUGCCGGCUCAUGUGAAAGCGUGCUUCUUGGGUUCCUCUCUCACAAUUCCCAUCACGGACGGGAAACUAAACCUGGGCACAUGGCAGGGUGUAUGGCUGUGCGAGCAUCGGAAUCACGCGGGCAGUCGAAAGGUGGUGGUGACGCUGUCGGGCUGCCCUCGGGACUCGCCGCUGUCGGCCGCGUCGCCGGCGUCUUGCUCCAGUUAGGAGCGGGGGGGGGGCGCGACCCCCCACACGCACUCGCACUCGCACGAGCGCGUCUCGUCCAAGACCAGGAGGUAAACGGCGACCAGUCGUAGACGAAGAGAUACGCGACAAUAUGUACAUAAGAUUAAUAUUUGUCCCCCCGGGCUCGCCGCGGCCGCCGGAGGCCCGCGCGUGUAAUAUAGCUUUUAUAGGAAUUGAAUGAUCUCGGCGGGGCCCUCGGCGGCCGGCCGCAGCGCCCGCCGGCGACGGUUUUAACUAAUUGUUGUUUUGUUGUUGCGACUUGCCGAUGUGUACAUAGAUGGCGUGGCCCGCGCAGUAGGUUCGAUUGUUGAGAUGGUUGAUGUGGCACCCACUUUUACCGUUAAUCUUACUGAGAUAAGGGCGGGGACGGUUUGUAUCGAUUGACUUUUCACUCCUGCACUCGUUCAAUAUUUUCCAAGUUCACCGGGAGACACACUAUAUUUUUUAACAUGACCGCACGUUAGGCAUUUUUAUGAAGUCGGACACUAAUUUUACUAUACCAAUUUUGUAUGUAACGUACCGGGCCGACGUCGCGUCGUCGGUCCCGUAAUGUAAGAGCUGCGGUAGGUUAUCUAGUUAAGUGUGCGUCUACGAUAGCUCCCUUCUCUCUCCGUGUUAGGAUAGUCUACACUAGUAUGUGAAACGAGUCCAUAGCUUUAAAUGUGUCACACCCGUUGUAUCAACGGGUCCUUCGGGGCGACAAUGAGCUAACCUUCAGUACUCCUAGGUGUAGUUGUAUAUCAUUAUCUUAAGAUCAUGUAAGUGCCUCGGAUUUAUGGGGUGGUCAUCUAAUCGUUUGAGUCGACGUUACAACGUGACAUCCACUGGCUUGCUCUACACUUGUCUUUGAUUGUGAACGAUUAUAUUUUUACUUACAAUAUGUACGUAAUAGAUUAAAGUUUUAUUUGGCGACGUGUAUAAAAGACGCAUGUGUAUAGUUGUAUGUCUUCCUAUGUAAGUUCCAUCGCGGUAGAGCUCGGUAAGUGGUUGGGAUCACGCCUCUGUUCCUGAUUCGGUGUUAGGGUAUUCGGUAUCACCUUAUCCGGCCAGGUCUAUGUUACUUAAAUAAGGUAAUUUAUACUAUAAGAGGUCUGAGAAUCCAUUUUAGGCCUCUCACUAGAGCAGGGGUUCCCAACUUUAUCUGCGUCGUACCCGUCCUGACGACGAGAUUUUUUUUUCGUGCCCGCUUUAGAUUUUGUGGUGGCCAAAAAACCAAGAAAGACGACGAGGUUUCUUGAUUGUCAAAACUUUCUGCAUCCCCCGUGCCAUCGCGAUACGCCCCUACUAUUGGGAACUCCUGGACUGUUUAGAGCAAAGCGGUCGUACGACUAGAUAGUGUAGUGAGGAUCGAUUGCUUUCGAAACGUUCCGGGAACGAUCUCAGUUCUGUACAUUCCGUUUCGCAUUCCGCUUUACAUGUCCCAUCGGCGCUUGUGUGGCACAAUUUUACACAUGACACUUAGUUAGGAGUUAAUAAAUUAUAAAUAGUAGGUUACGGUGUAAGGCACUGAGCGGCGCCGCUUAGACGUUUUGAUACCGCGUGUACAAAGUUAGAUGUCUCAGACAUGACCGUUCGUCUCACGGACCUUAGACUUACCUCACUUAGGCAGCUUGUACGUACGUUCAUACUCGGCCUUUUAGACUCACCUUUAUAUUAUCGACAAUACCGAUUCUUUUUAAACUUGUUUAUCUUAUUGAGUAGUUUUUUUUUAAAUCGUUAUAAACAAAGCUUUGAGCUUGUCUUAUUAGUUGUAAAGGGUAUCUUUAUUAGGGUGGGUCGAAAAAUUAAUAUAUUUAUUAACGAUUUCUAAUAGUGCGGGAUUGGUGACCCUGACAAAAACAAACACAAGAAUAAUUUUUUUUUUUUUUUUUGACUACGUCUUCUACCCGCGCAUUGCGUUUGAAUGUUUCCAAAAUCGCAAAAAACGCAGUUUCAAAAAAAAAGAGGUGUCAAAAUCAGUUUCAAAAAGUAUUCCCAUAUCCACAUAUCUUUUAACAUCUAAAGUGAUAGCAAUCCAAAAUAGUAAUACUGUGAGCCAAUAAGGAUUUUAACGCUAUUUGACCGAUUUAUAUGGUAAUUUCAUAAACACGAAUUCUAUGUGUUUUUGAAUAAAUAUACGUUUUAUAACAUGUACGUUGAAUUUUAUAGAAUAAUACACCUUUUCUGUUGAAGAAUUCUUAAAAAAUUGUUCUCAGAUAUUAGUGAAAUUCUGAAAUUUUCGAGGUUUCAGUCGUUGCGCGGGUAGACACAAAAGACAUACAAAACUUUUAUUUUCUGAACUUUGAACCUUAAAGUGUGGGUCAACUUUUUAUCACUAUUAGAAAAAAAAAACCCACCCUAAUCAUUAUGUACUUCACUUGUGCUAUUUGACGAUUUCAUAUUUUCGCAUUUUCUACGGUUUAUCAUAACUCAUAUUCUUUGUAAUACCUAAGUUUUUCUCUUUUGAUAGAUUCGGGGAGUGGGCUAAGGGAAGGUUAUUAAGUGCUUUUUUAAUACAUAAUUAAUUAAGGGAUGUAAAUAUUUUUUGCAUUAAUAUAAUGUACAUGAGCAUUAAAUUAAUCCGUGUACAUACUGAUCACGUGUAAAAACGUUUCAAGUGCUAUUCGUGUAUGAGUGUUAGAUAAGCCACUGCCAUUGAACAUUUGCCUCUUGUAAAAUACUCGAUUUAUUUUUGUCACGAAACUAUAACGUUUAGUUUCCGCUUUGUUAUAGUAUCAAAAAUAGUAAAGAUAAUAAAUAUCCUAAGUAGAAGUUUUCCAAUGAAGAAUAGCGACUGGAUCGCGUAGUUGUAACUCGUUUGUUUUAUCGUUAAGUGUUUCAUUCUCGGGACACCGUUGUUUUUGUUGUUCAUUAUCUAGCUUAUAGAUUGUCCCAGUUUAGGCUGUUCAGUGACAACGAAUGUGCUAGUGUUACCUUUUAAGUGGUCGCAAAAUUUAGAUUCCAUCAUGUUCCUUUUGAGGACCUACAAAUGUUUUACAACCGUGUGCAAUUAAUUGUGCAGUCCCUUUCAUAAAUGCCAUUUAUUUGUCCUCCUGUGUAUGAUGCAAUGAGUGUUUCACAAUUUCAAAUAUAUUAUUAAGCGUAACAAAUUCACUAUAAGGGCACGAAUUUUAUCUAAUUAUUUAAUCAGUAUCAUUAAUUUGAUAAUUAAUAUAUUUAUUGCACAUAGGAAACGAGGUUGUAAUCAUGAUUAAUAAAAUAACCAAGAAGGGAGACAAAUAAUUUGUGUGUAUAUUAUUUAAGAUCAAUUAUUAUAUCAAUAUUGUAUGAUUGUACAGUGAUCAGUCACUACUUGCUGGUUUCGUGCUCACUCAGUGACGUCAGAAUACUGUCGCAAUCAAAUGUAAUUGUAUCAUAUUACUUGUACAAUAUAAAUAUAUAGAUCCACAAUUAUGAAAGAGAUUAAAUAUUUGCAAAAGUUAAAA